CCAGAUGACAUGGACCUCAGGUCAGCUUCGGUGUGAGAAGCAGGCCAGGCCUGGGUCUGGAGCCGUCCUGGCCUUCCCAGAUGACAUGGACCUCAGGGUUUAUGGUCCAGCGUCUCAGAGCGUGGUCUUUGGAGAUGUGUGCCCCCUACUCACGUCUCUCUUGGAUGGGUACAAUGUUUGUGUUAUGGCGUAUGGACAGACGGGCAGCGGAAAGAGCUAUACCGUGCUGGGACGCCAUUCGGACGACGGCCCUGUUCUGCCGCUUGACCUACGGAGUGACUUAGGAAUUAUCCCUAGAGUGGCUGAGGAGCUCUUCAGGCUCAUUUCGGAAAAUACCUCAAGAAGCCCAAAGGUUGAAGUCUCCAUAGUGGAAGUUUACAAUAAUGACAUUUUUGACCUUCUGGCCAAAGACAGCAUUGCAGCAGUGUCGGGGGUCAAGCAUGAGGUGAUGACAGCCAAGGAUGGACGGACAGAGGUUGUGCUGCUGGCCUCUGAGGCUGUUGGCAGCGCCUCAAAACUGAUGGAGCUCGUUCAUGGAGGUCUGCAGCUCAGGGCAAAGCACCCCACCCUGGUGCACGCAGAUUCCUCCAGGUCUCACCUGAUAAUUACGGUGACUCUAACCACAGCCUCCUGCUCUGACAGCACUGCAGACCAAGCCUGCAGUGCCACCCUCCCCAGGGAGCAAACAGAGGCAGGAAGGGCAGGAAGGAGCCGCAGAGCUUCUCAAGGGGCCUUGGCUCCACAGCUGGUUCCCGGGAACCCCGCAGGGCAUGAGGAGCAGGUGCAGGCUCGACUACAGCUCGUGGACUUGGCCGGCAGCGAGUGCAUUGGUGUGUCUGGAGUGACCGGGUUGGCCCUGAGGGAGACGGGGUGCAUCAACCGCAGCCUUGCGGCCCUGGCAGACGUCCUGGGGGCUUUGUUGGAGCACCGCAGCCAUGUCCCAUACUGGAACAGCAGGCUCACCCACCUCCUUCAGGACUGCCUCGGAGGUGACGUGAAGUUACUGGUGAUUCUCUGCAUUUCUCCCAGCCAGAGGCACCUGGCACAGACGUUGCAGGGCCUGGGUUUCGGGAUCCGAGCUCGGCAAGUCCAGCGAGGCCCUGCCCGAAAGAAGCCGCGCUCCCAGACGGAGGGGAAGAGGAGGCCGGAUUGAAUGCAUUAAUGAGUUUUUCUCCUAAAACUGUGUUUCUUGUCCUUGCUUUAUAAUGCAUAUAUCCUUAGAAAUAAACAGGUUUCACGU